AUGACAGAAAGCACACCUCUCCGUGUACUCUCACUAGACGGCGGUGGUGUCCGCGGCUACUCAAGUCUCCUCAUCCUCAAGCAGCUGAUGCAGGAGGUCCAGGCCCAGGGAAAACUCGACUAUAUCCCCAAGCCAUGCGACUACUUUGACGUUAUCGCCGGUACCAGUACUGGAGGCUUGAUAGCAAUCAUGCUCGGCCGCCUCCGCAUGGACGUGGACAGCUGCAUCGUGCAGUACGAAGAGCUGUCGCAGGACAUCUUUAAAACCAGCAUCUGGCAGCAAAUCCCGGGGAAGAUGGUGUGGGACGCGUGGGCGGGUAACGCAUGGUUCAGCGGGGAAGAGCUGGCGGAGGCCGUCAAGGAGGUGGUUGCUAGGAACGUAUCAGCGGAGGAGAUGGAUGCGCUCAAGAGGAAGGGAACGCCGCUGGAGAAUGCGGGACUGCUGGAUACGAACAGGGAGGUUUGCAAAACCUUCGUCGUCUCCGUGCGCAAAGCCACAAACGUCACCGUCCGCUUCCGCAGCUACCCCAACUCCACGGGCCGCACCGACGCCUGCGCCAUCUGGGAGGCGGCGCGCGCCACCUCGGCCGCACCCCUCUACUUCCCCGUCAUGACCAUUGCCGGCGAGCAGUACUUUGACGGCGGGCUCACGAGCAACAACCCGAUCUUCCGCGUCAAGGACGAGCUCGAGGACGGGCUCAACUCGCCGGCGCCGCGCUGCGUCGUCUCGAUCGGCACGGGCCGCAUCGACCAGGCCACGGGCGAGCGCGGGCCCUGGAAGCGGUUUGCAAAGUGGAUCACGGGCGGGUAUGGCAUGGUCGGCUGGACGCUGCUGGCGCUCGCGACGGACACGGAGGCGAAGCAUUUGGAGAUAUUGACGGACGAGAAUAAUAGCAGGUUUAGGCAGAAUUAUUAUAGGUUUAAUGUGGUGGGGAAUAUUGGUAGCAUUGGGCUGGAUGAGUGGAAGAAGCUGCCGGUGAUGCGGAAGGAGACGGCGGCGUAUUUGAAGGAGGAGGGGACGGUGAAGUGGAUCAAGGAGUGUGCGGAGAAGUUGGUGGUGAAGAAGUAG